AUGGAGCACUAUACUCAAUCGGCCACAAGGCCUUACGCCUCUCAGCCAACCCCGGUCAGCUCUCAAUCUCGGCUUGAUAUCACCAAUCCAGAGCAGCAAUUGCCUUCCAUUCGAGACGUCAUCCCGCCGCCACGUACAAACAUGAUUGAAACUAGCAUGAGUGAGCUUUCAUCCGGCACACGCCCAAUGAUGAUUCCAUACUUGAGCUCUCAACAUUCAACAAGUAUGAAUAUAUCAUCGAUACCAGCUCCUGUGCAGCCUCAGUCCAGUCCUAUGGGAUAUACCACGGACGGCACCAACCAGAUGCAGAUCAGUGGGCUUGCCGCUUCUGGUCAUCUGCACACCCCUGCGAGAACUCCUGCAGAAUACAGCUCUCCAUGGUCAACCUCAUCGUCCUACACAGAUGCUGGCAUGUCUAUGAGCGCACAGUCUACUCUCCCCUCCCAAGCGCAGCAAUUUGGCCUGUCUCAGUCAAUUCUUCCAUCAGACUCCCAAGAGAGCGUCUUCACUUCGUCCUAUUCAAUGGGCAGGCAAGCGGAAAGUCCAGUCAGCGAUACGUACCCAAGAUGGAGAACGCCCCAGCUCAGUUCGACGCCAAGGUAUAAUCCAUAUGUUAUGUCAGAGAGAUCUUACAACCAAACUAUGGACUUCAGCCGAUACGGACAGCCUUAUGACCAGUAUCGAGGCCCAAUAGCAUAUGACAAUGGUUACAGAUCAAUGGAUACAUCACCAUCAUAUAUGAAGUACAAUCAGUUAAUGUCCUACCCUAUGAUGGGAUACCCAUCCCAUGCAAAUGGUCGACGACGGAGAGGGAACCUGCCGAAACAAAUCACCGAUGUGCUCCGUAUCUGGCUUCAAGACCAUCUGGAUCAUCCAUACCCGAGUGACGAGCAGAAACAAAUUUUUAUCCAGCGUACUGGAUUAACUAUCAGUCAGAUCAGCAACUGGUUUAUCAACGCUCGUCGUCGACAGCUCCCAGCAAUGAAACAGAAGAGAGCUAAAGCCUUACAAAGCCGAUCAUGA